AUGCCGCUCCUCACAUCCUUCGAUGAAGCCCUGGCAGCACCAUCUUCCUCGUCCAACUCGGAUUCACAGAAGCAAUCCCUGGUUGGAGGGCUGUUCUCCCACACCGUGGACCCCUCCCCUUCCAGUAUUGAUUGGAAUCGUAUCACUUCCACCAACCUCACUUCGCACAGUCACGGUCUGUGCAGUUCAGUCUACCGUCGAGCGCUCUCCUCUUCCGCGAAAUGGCCGUACAAGCACUCCACUGCAUCGGAUCCCCGCCGAAGCUCCUCUUCCUCAUUCUCACUCGCUCUGUCGCAAGCAGCGGGACAGGCUGAUGGCUUGGCGGGGUGGAUAUGCAUCAAGCGCGUUCAAGCGGAUGAACAGCCACGUCCACACUCGAUCUCGCGCGAAAUUGCGCUACUCGACCUGCUCUCUCACCGGAACCUGGCACCGUUGCUCGCAGCAAUUCACGAUACCUCCGAUCCGUUUGGCGCCGUCGUGGAUCUCGUCAUGCCUCUGUAUGCCGCUACGCUCGAAGAAGUGUUGCAAGAGCCAUCCCUUGCGUCGAUAGCAGAAACACCAGACGUUGGCGAAGCUUCAAGACCGGGUAACUCGAUACGCCACCUCUGGUCAGACUCACCAGCAAAGUUUGUUCAGAGCGUAUCGGAACAGCUCUUGGCAGGGAUCGCCUUCCUGCACGACAACAAGGUGGCGCAUCGAGACGUCAAGCCUUCCAACAUCUUGCUGGCACACAACGGGCUGGUCAAGCUGAUCGAUUUGGGCACAGCGUAUACGACGACCGUGUUGAAUGAUCCGCUUGCGUCCGCCGACUCUGGCCGUACGAGGGGAAGGGAGGUAGAGGAAGAGUGGAAUGGUGGGAAGAUGGUGUGCCAAGUGGGCACGGGUCAAUUCCGCGCACCCGAGCUGCUGUUUUCGCCCAUGGGAGGGUACGACGCUUUUGCGGUCGACGUUUGGGCUGUCGGUGUGACGUUGGCUCUCUUCCUCACUCCUCUCACUGCCCUUCCCCGCCCCAACACAACCAACAUGGAAGCAGAACAGCAACAAGACGACAGAACAGACUGGCAAAAGGCAUUUGACGCUGGAGUGCCUCUUUCACCAUCGCCCUCGAAUCCUGAAAGCGAUUCCUCGCUCUAUUGGGAAGAAGAGCCAUUGCCCUCUGAUGCCCACUCGGAAGGCCCCGAGACGGCGUCGGGAUACAUCCGAAUUCCCCUGUUCCAGUCCCAUACCGGCGACAUUGGCCUAGCCGCUAGUAUCUUCAGCCUGCUCGGCUUACCCACUUCGGUAAACGACUGGCCAGAAGCUCAACACUUUCAACCACCACUCGAGCGACUCCCCUUUGCACCUACACAAGGGAAAGGCUUGCUCUCUGCUUUGAGCCUCAUCAAAGAUGCACGAGUUUUAUAUGGGCUGAGCGGUUUGGUGCUCAACGUCAUCCAACCUGCCAUCAAUUUGUCCGCUUCUAAACGGCCAAAGGCUCGCUCCUUGUUGGCUGCCAUCCAGACAUUUCACCUUGCAUCUUGA